UUUCUCGAGAAGCGUAAAACAUUUUCAAAAUUCCAUUGAAUUUGCAUAGUUUGCAUUAUUAUUAAGGUGUUUUAAUUAUUUUUUUAAUAUUUGGGAUACAGAAAGUGAAGAACCGAUUGUUAUUGAAACUUUUUUCACAAUUGCAGCGUAUAUUUGCAAUAUAUGGCAGUCAUAACCUCAAAUCAGAUAAUAAACCGUUUGUUCUCAUGGAAUUUGAAACAACUUUUAAAAUGAUAACCGAACUUAUUUUGUCUAAAAUAUAAAAUAUGAAUUCCACUCUUCGAUCUAUGAAUCUUUUUACAAGAAAUAUAUCUUUUCAGAAUCUAGUUUUCUCAUCCUGGAAAAGCGUUUGUUUACAUCUUUCGAAACUCUGUUUACAAACAAUGACUUGACAUGAACUUUUGAUCACCGUUUUUUCGGCAAAUUAGAAAUACGUGAAUGACCUAAAUUAUAGAAAUAAAUGUACUCUCCUUUAUUAAAAUUCUCUGCGAUAAUGGCGCACAACCUUUCAGAUAGUGUGAUUGUUCUAAGUGAUCUGAGUGAUUCAGAAGAGUCGGUCCCCGUUUUAAAAAUUGCAGAAGUUAAUAAAAAAGUUCGCGAAAUUGACGUUCUGAGUGAUUCGGGAGAUUCUGUUUCAUUUGUAGAAACUGCAGAAGUGAAUAAUAAGAAUGUUCGUACGGUUGAUACUGUGAGUGAUUCUGGAGAAUCGGUUUCGUUCGUAGAAACAGACUUUAAUUACAAAAAAGCUCGUGAAAUCGACGCUCUAAGUGACUCCAGUUUUGAAUUUCCCGAAGUGAAUUUUCAUUAUCAUAAGGAAAGUGAGGAGAGUGAGAAAAAGCAGAAGAAAAACGAUGGUGGUUCAGUUUUCAGUUCCUGUGGUGCCAACGUCUCUCCUGCUUACGAUCUCGAUGAACUAGACUCUGGAUUUUCUGGAUCAGGAAGUUCUUUUUCGAAGAGUUCACAGAACUCUGAGAUUGACACUAUAUUGCAAAAAUAUGCGAUCCUUAAAAGAGCAGAAAGUUCAGUUGAAAAGAAGAAAACAAAAUCUCGAACGGCAGACAGUUCAGCUGAAAAGAAGAAAACAAAACCUCGAACACAGAAAGCAUCGGAUCCUGAAAAGGGGAGGUUAAAUAUUGAGAAAUUACUCGAAAAAGAGAGAGUAAAAGCUGAACGGCAAAAGAAAAAAGACGAACAGGCUAAAGAAAAGGCUUUGAAGGCUUUAGCUAGUAAAAAUUACAAAAAACUGAAGCCCGAGGAGUGUAUAAAAUCGAUGAAAAUCAUAAUCGAUGAAGAGAUUCAAAGUCGUCCCUACUUCGCAGACAUUAUGAAAUCCUUACAGGAAGCUGAACUCUCAUUUAACAUCAGGUCGCAAUUAAUUCCCCAAAGCAUCUCUUGGAAAAGACAGACUGAGGAAAAUUAUAUGGAUGAGAAAGGUGAAAUUUGCACCAAAAAGGACUUGCGUGAUGAAAAUCAAAUGAUUAUUGUUUGGAAUUGGGAUGAGGCUGUAGAGAAAAUAGCAAACGGCACUUUUUGUAAAUCUGUCGCGAGUAUUUGUGAUUUAUUACCUCAGAAACGAAUGACUCUAGUCAUUUAUGGAAUAAUCGACUAUUUCUCUUAUCAUAAAAAUCAGAAGGACAAGGCAGUCAGGAAUGAAAUCCUAGGGAAUGAGAAAGCGAAAAAGAGUUAUAGUAAGAAUAGCAAACUGUUUGGAGCAUCGCCGAAAAUUUCGAGGAAGGAUUUUGAAUUGUGUUUAACUGAAGUGCAAAUAUUGAAUAACUGUUCGAGCAGAAUUGUGCAGUCUGCAGAAGAAUUGGCUUUGGUAGUUCAUCAAUAUAGCAAAGCUAUUGCUGAGAUUCCGUAUAAAGAGGAGAAAAGAAGGAAUAUGGAAGAUAAGGUCAGCUGGUAUGCUGCAGGAGAUAAUAGAGAUACGGUAAAGGUGGAUAAGGAUGGUAAUGGAUUGAAACGACUCUGGCAGCAGCAACUUUGUCAAUUUAAUUUGAGUAGUUUGGAAACAUCUGAGGCAAUAUGCCAGGUGUAUGGAAGUCCCUUACAAUUGAUAGAAGCUUAUAUGAAAUGCACUCCUGCCGAUGGAGAAAUGCUCCUAAAAGAUGUACCCAUCAGAAGAGCAGCAGGACCUGUGACGACACUUCGGAAAAUUGGUCCCGAACUUAGUAAAAAAGUAUACACAAUGUUUACAUCCGAGGACGGAGAUGUUUUAUUAAAUAAUGAUUGAUUUAGAAUAAUUUUAAGCACUUACUGUUUAAUCAACUGGUCUUUUAUACUCAAUAUUUGAGCAUUGGCAUGGCUGUGGAAUAAAAAAUUAAUCUUGCCCUGUACACAUGAAACAAUUUCUACUACAUCUUUAUUUCGAAACUGAUUUUUAAUUGGCCAUUUUUACAUUUAACCACACAAUUUUUUACUGAAUGAAAGAAUCC